GGUGUGCAAGUGGUAGUAUUAUAAUCAUGGCUGGAUCUCCUUUACAUAUAUAACCAUAUAUGUUGGGUUUCAGUGACAAUUGGUUCAUUAUCUUCUGAGUAAUUAACUUGUGAGUGAUCAUCGGAGAGCUGUUCUUUCGCAAGAAGAAGAAGAUCAUGGCCAUGAUAGUGGAUGCAUUUGCUGGGAAGUUGGUGGAGAGGCUCACAAAUGUCAUUGAAGAGAAGGCCAUCAUGGUGUUAGGCGUCAAGGAUGACCUCCAAACACUCCGGCGGAGGAUGGAGAGGAUUGCACGUGUGCUCAAGGAUGCCGAAAAGAGGAGGAUCCAAGAAGAGACUAUCAAAGGAUGGGUCGAUGAGCUGAAAGAUUUGAUGUAUGAUGCUGAUGACAUCAUUGAUCUUUGCAUGAUACAGGGUACUGGGCUUUUGCAAGAUGUUGAUCAUCAUUCUCAGCUGGCUGAGUCAAGUGCUACUGCCUCAACAAGGGUACGCUGUAACUUUCCCCUGUUCUCUUGUGUGCGUAGUGUACCAUUUCGCUAUGAGAUUGCUGAUAAAAUUAAAACUCUGAAUGAUACAUUAAAUGAGAUAUCUGAGGACAAGAAUAAGUUUAAUUUCAGUACUUCUUCUAUAUCAAAUGAUGCUUAUGUCACGAAUGAAGCUCCUUAUCUCGAGAGUUCCUUCUUACCGGAAUCUGACAUUGUGGGUUGGGAUAUUAUAGAUGCCACUAAGAGUCUUGUUGAUUUAUUGGUCUAUCAACAUGAACAGAAAUGCCGCCUUUUUGCCAUUGUUGGCAUGGGUGGCAUAGGCAAAACCACACACGCACAAUUGAUAUAUAAUGACUCCAAGAUAAAUGAUGAUUUUGUGUUGCAAUCAUGGAUUUGCGUUUCAAAAUUCUACACAUCAAGGGCCAACUUGCUGAAGGAACUCAUAAGAAAUGUUGGAGGUACUUGUGGAGAGUCAACAACAAUUGCAGAAUUACAAAAAAUUCUUUGUGAUGUCUUGCAUAGGAAGAGCUUAUUUUUGGUUUUGGAUGAUGUUUGGGAUGCAGAUGUAUGGAUUAAUUUAAUGAAAAAUCCGAUAGAAAGAGCAACAACAAAAUGCAGAGUCUUGGUCACCACUAGAGAUAGAAAUAUUGCUAUAAAAAUGGGGGCAAUUCAUAUCCACAAUGUCAACAAACUGCCUUUGAAUUUUGGUUGGGAAUUGCUAUCCAAGAAGGUUUUUACAAAUAAUAAUGAGAGAGAUAUUCUCCGAAUGAAGGACAUUGGGAUGCAGAUUGUCGAGAAAUGUGAUGGUCUUCCUGUUGCACUAAAGGCCAUUGCAGGUGUUCUCAUAACAAAAGAUCAAAAUAAAAGAGCAUGGGAGGAUGUACUUAACAGCAAUGCUUGGACUAUUACAGGACUUCCAGAAGAGAUCCGAGGAGCAUUGUACUUGAGUUAUGAAUCCUUACCAUCGGCUCUUAAACAUUGUUUCCUAUAUUGCUCUUUGUACCCUCUUGAUCAAGAACUUUAUUAUGAUGAUCUUGUUUGCCAAUGGAUUGCAGAAGGUUAUAUACAAGCAAGCGACAAUGCAUCAUUGGAGGAUGUUGCAAAAGGAUAUUACAAGGAAUUAAUUUGUAGGAGUUUUUUACAACCCGAUCCAACGCAUGCAACUAUAUAUAAAUGCACAAUGCAUGAUUUGCUGCGUGCUUUAGCUCAGUUUUUUGCAGGUGAUGAAAGUUUUUCAGGAAAUCCACAAGAAGCACAACACACCAUAUCAAUGCAAAAACUACGUCAUCUAACAAUUACAAGUAAUAGAGAAAGUGUGAGCAUUCCACAUCUUGACCGCCUUAGAACCUUGCAGUUAAGGGAACCUCCAAGUUUGAACACAUGUGUCGUUUUAAAACUAAAACAUUUGCGUGUUUUAGUUCUUAACGGAGACAAGAUUGAGAAUAUGCCUGACAGUAUUGGGGAUUUAGUGCACUUGAGGCUUUUGAAUUUGGAGCAUACAUGCAUUGAUAACCUACCAGAUUCUCUGGGAAAUCUCAUUAACUUGCAAUUCUUGUUGCUUGGUAAUUGUAUGUCUUUGCAUAUCCUUCCAAAUAGCAUAACUAAGCUAUACAAUUUGAGGUGGCUCCGGCUUUAUCACUCUCCUUUGAAUUAUGUGCCAAAGGGAAUAGGCAAGUUGGAACACCUUCAUCAUGUGCAAGGAUUGAUCAUCGGAGAUAGUGGUGAUAAUGGAGAAAAGGGAUGCAACUUAGAAGACCUACAGAUGCUUGAAAAACUUAGUUACCUUUCUGUAAGAAACUUGGAGAAAUCAAGCAGCAAAAGUUCUUCCGUAUUGUCAAGCAAGACUCACCUCAGAAAACUAAGGCUUCGUUGCACACCUAACACUAAUGGGCAUAUUCAACAGCAAGAGAUUGACAAGAUUGUGCAAGUCUUUGAUGACCUAUGCCCCCCACCAUGCCUUGAAGAUCUUUCGAUUCGAGACUUUUUGGGUGGUCGAUAUCCAAAGUGGAUGUCAUCCACUUCCAUUAACACUGCUCUUCAAGAAUUGAUUUAUUUGCAAUUAAUUAAUUGCUCGAAUUGGCCUCGGCUUCCACAACUUGGCCAACUGCCCCAGCUCAAGUAUCUGAAGAUAGAAGGAGCAACUGCAGUUGUAUCAAUUGGCCCUGAAUUUCUUGGUAAUCAUAAUGGAGAACCUACAGAAAGUUCCUUCCCUAAGCUUGAAUAUCUAUUAUUCCACAACUUGAUUAAUUGGGUGGAAUGGUCACUGACCAGUGGAGAAAAAGACAAUGAGCCUGAACCUAGCAAACCAUUAAUGUUCUUCCCCCAUCUCAAAAGCAUUUCCAUUUCUGACUGCCCCAUGCUGAAAGCUCUUCCAAGAGGCUUGAAUCUAGCUAACAUCCAAGAAUUGCAGAUUAUUGGAGCUCACAAUCUUUCAAGAAUCUCCCACUUCUCUUCCUUAAAGGAACUGGAAGUUGAUGAUUGCCCAAUGCUGGUGUGUGUGGAGAAGCUUGAGUCUCUGCAGAGCUUGAAAGUGAUUGAUCGUCCAAAAAACAACACCAGUCUCCCUCAAUGGCUCAUCUCUUUCUUCCAACAACGUGAAGAAAAGCCUCAUAACGAUCAGUUCAUCUUGCAUUUGGAGUGCAGUGCCCAAGUAUUGCAUGACUGUUUGCAAGGUCAGAGGUACUGGUCAUUUCUCGAGCAAGUACCACGCUUCACUGCAUAUGCAAAGCGCCAACACAUGUAUUUGAAGUACACCAAAGAACCAUAUUACUAUGAAACCAACAUCAUUGAUCACUGAUGUGGAUUAGGAGGAUGAAAUCCUUUUUUUUUUAAUUAAUUAGGUCACCACCGAACAAUGACAUGUUGACAUCCUUUUCUGACAAAUUAAUAUGCGACUUGAUCAUGACUCAAGUGUAUAAUAAAUUGAUGGUUUCCAACAUAAUUGAAAUAACAGACAAGAGUCACACAGAGGUCUGACAUGCUUUGGGGGCUUUCUUUCCUUCUUCAUGCUUUCCUUAAUAUUCAGUCACUACUCUGAGAAGCUCUCUAGAGGGGGAGUAUUCUUGUUUCUUUAGUAUGUUGUUGGAUUUAAUUAUAAGAUGUGCAACUAUGCAUACAUGCAAGGAAUGGUGCAAUUAAUCAAACAAUCCCUCAGCUAUAAUUCAAUCUGAUGAAGAGGAUUCUUAGGUGAAUGUAAUGUCUGAUUGGCGGCUUAAUUAUGCAGGUUAAAUGGUGGAUAAACAUAUUUUUAUGGCAAAUAUGUGACCUUAUAUAUUAUGACUCAACUACAUGAGAGGCAGUUUGAGAGUACAUCUUCUGAGUCAGUUAUAUACAUGCAGAUAUUUUAAGCGUUGGAUGUCCAUUAGAACUUCAAAAAUACUAUGGAGCAUGGCUUGUGUGUGCUAUUGUGAGGAAGCUCUCUGGAGAGGAAGCAUACAUUGUUUCUUUAUAUUUUAAGCGUUGGAUGUCCAUUAGAACUUCAAAAAUACUAUGGAGCAUGGCUUGUGUGUGCUAUUGUGAGGAAGCUCUCUGGAGAGGAAGCAUACAAUGUUUCUUUAGUACUGUCGGAUAAACAGCCACCAGGAGUGGGAACAGAACCAACAGCCCUUGGCUACAAUUCAAUAAGAUGAAGAGGACUAAUUAUGAUAAUUUUAUAUCUACUUAGCUUGGUGCCUUAAUUAUGCAGAUGAGGACCAGGAUGAAGUUAGCUUCAAGCAGUUGAAUGA